UCUUGACAGGCUGGAGUUUGUGCAACGCCACAAGAAUUCACCAUGACGAAAAAUGGUGAAAUGCAACGUGAAAACUACCGAAAAAAAGACAGACUCACUACCACCUACUACUGCACAUUGAGCUAAAGGCAGUCAGGGAAACAGACUCCCUUAUGUGACGUAAUUUGACGCUGUGUGUGGAAAAAAAGAGCAGUUUUUAAGAGCAUUACUGAAAACCUACUUUUUCCUCUGAAUGUCUGCCCUUAUGUCUUGUAAAAAAAAUAUACAAAAUCCUGCAUUAACUUUCCUAGUGAUAAUAUCCAGGAAACGUCAAGUAUAGAUUUAGUAAAAAAUAAAAAAAAAAAAAAAUCUACCUGCCAGUUGCUCUUUAAGCCUCCUAUAGCAAAGAGCUGCUACCUGGAGCGAUUCAUUAUUGCGCUUUUAUUUUGAAGGCCUAACCGCCUUGUUUCCUGUUUCAUGGCGGGCGGCUUGACGCGGCAGCGUGGCUCAACUGGACUUUGGCGUCGAAAAGGAGGGAAGUUAAAAUAGACAACGAUACUUUAAAGUUGCCACCAUCACGAGUAACACUUUGUACAGCCGGAGAAAUGACUGACCUGUGCGCUUCCUUGUCGGUGUUGGGCGCUGCGGUGCUCCUCAGCGAGGCGAUCCGCCGGACAGCAGCGCGUCUUUCCCCCGGAGCUUAUUGGAUUUACCUGCUGGAAGCGGCGUCCACCUUCCAGCUCUGUUGCUGCACUCAUGAACUCAAGCUGCUGGGCGAAACGGCGCGGCUGGAGCUGCCCGUGAGCCUGGCCCUCACAUACACCAUGACGGUUAUCCACCUACUAACUUUCCGGGGAGCGACGUGUAACCCCAGCGGGGCUCUGGAGAGCGUUUGCCGCGGGACCGGCAGCGUCCGGGCAGCCGUCGCUCUUAUAGCCUGCCAGUUCGGCGCUGCGGUCGCCGCGCAGUUUUUCGCGACCUCCGUAUGGUCGCUUGGACUUUCCGACGUCCACAUCAGGCACCAGAGGUUCGGGUUCAGAUGCUUCGACCCCCUCGGCGGGACUCUGCUGGAGGCCGCGGCCGUUGAGCUGGCCUGCGCUUUCACGGUCCAAGCGGCCGCCAUGCAUGUCCACAAACUGGACGAAAAACUUCGCGCUCACUUCAUCGCUGCGGUCAUCACCGCUGCGGUGUACACAGGUGGAAGUAUUUCAGGAGCUGUUUUUAACCCCGUCCUGGCCUUCUCCAUCCAGUUCCCCUGCAGCGGCCACACCUACCUGGAGUACUGCUUUGUGUACUGGCUGGGACCAGUCUUAGGCAUGGCGAGCUGUAUGCUGCUGUUUGAGAAGAUUAUCCCUUUCCUCUUUGGAAAGAGUACCAUUGGGCUGGAGGUCCCUGCUGCCCAGAAGCAGAAGAUACAGUAGCAGUGAUGUGAGGACAGGCCAAGUUUGUCUUUUUUUUUUUUACAUUUAUUUAUUCCAAAUAUCUCCUACCAGUGAAUGUGUCUGUGUGGAUAAUACCAGCAUAACUUUAUUUCCCUUUUUGUCAUGUGAAGCAAGACCAGUUAUGACUUUUACAUGUGCCAUAGCCUGGAUGGUGAAUCUUAAUUGAGUAUGAAAGAAGCCCAUGUUGUCUUUUGUACUGCAGGUUUAACUCCACAAGUCCCAUUGUUAUCAGUAAACAUGAAAGACAGCAGACACACAAACUGUACUGAUGCACUGAUGGAUGCAUCAGAGUGAAGAGCACUUUUACUGUAGUUUUUCAAAGGUCAGUUAAUUAUGCAGCUAAUUGUCUGUUCGUUCACUUUUCCAAUACAGCACGCUGUUAGAAAAAAAUGUGCCACAGCAGGCCUAUUGAAUUGGCGGCCCGAGGGCCACAUCUGGCCCAGAAGCAACCUCCGAGUGGCCCAGCAUGCAUAAAUCUGAUGUAUGACAAAAUAAGUAAACUACAUAUAAAGUGUAUGAAAGUAACUAACGAGCGAGCCAUCUCGCUUCCUUCUCAUCUCUGUUGAGAUCGGGCAGCAAGUAGCGACACCGCCAAUCAUAUCUUCCACAAAUCAACGUUUUCUCGUGUGAGCUCCGACCGCGUUUACCAGCUUUUCAAAACAUCUGGCUAUUGACAGUCACAAGUAGGGAAGUGCUCUACUGAAAAUAUGUCUCUGUCAACCCUGCCGCGUAAAUUUGACGAUGAAACCCGUCAGUUUAACCCUGCCUGGACUGGCAAGUCUUUGUUUAUUUUACCGCCGUCUCCAAACGCCUGCUAUUUUGUAUUCCAUUCAUUUGCAUUUGUUUAAAAUGUGUCAUUACCAAACAGAGGUUUUAAAUAGGCUGCUGAAAAUGUCUGGCCCAUCUACAUUUCCUGGUUUUACAAUCUGGCCCAACUGAAUUUGUAAUUAAAUAGCCCUGCUCUACACAAUACACAUAUUGAAAAUUUUGGGCUGGUGUUUGUCAUUAUAGCACAAUGAGGCCUAUGACUUCUGGGAAUGAUUGGCAACAAUUGAACAAAGUGCUUUAUACAGAGACACAGACCUGCUGCUUACACACCACAGAUCUUAAUUUUGUGAUUUAAAGGUCCAGAAAUGGAAUAUAAUAUUUAUAUAAGUAUGUUUUCAUUAGUGUAUAAUCGCCUGAAAAUAAGAAUAGUUGUGUUUUCAUUACCUUAGAAUAAGCCCUUUUUAUCUACAUGGGAGCGGGUCCCCUUCCACAUGUUGCACCGCCAUGUUGCUACAGUAACCCAGAACGGACAAACCGGACACUGGCUCUAUAUUGGCCUUUCGCGUUUUUUCGUGGCCAACCUUGGUUUCUUCUACAUGCUUGGAAGGGGAGGGUGAGGCGAGCGGUAUUCAGAUGGUUGCAAACUGGAAUUUCACCACUAGAUGCUACUAAAUCCUACACACUUUAAGAGGUAUUAAUACAAUACACACAUUCAUUCAAAGUUGGACUGAAAUUUCAGUUCUCGGACUUGAGUGCGUCAUAGCUCUGUAAAGCCUACAAACACUGGUCACAUUUUUUCCUCUUUUUCAACAAGCGCAUAGUGUUGCUUAUGUACCGUUAGCAAUUGAAGACAUCUGUCCCUUUUACAACAUUCAGCAUUUAGGAGAACUCAUUGUGCUGUUCAGUUUGAAUUACACUCGGAAAGUGGAAGCUAGCAAGUUAGGCAAACUAGCUAACGGUAGCAUUGAUUCCCCAUAGACCAGAGUUCUGUUCUAAAAACAACGGGAAGUUAGUUAUUUUAGUUUGGUUGUGACCAUAGACUGUAUAUAAAGAUGGACGACAUGACAGCUCCCCAAAAGUGAAGCCAAAACAUCUUGAUCGCCCCCUGGUGGCUGGCUGCAGUAUAGGUCAUAAACCCUGCCCCCUCCGUGUUAGCGGAUGGGACAUGAGCCAAACAAAAAAAAUCAACGUACACAUCAAAUAAACUUUUCCUUAAGAUGGUUUCUGUCAUUUUAGGUAGUUCUUCUCACGCUGAUGUUUGUUCAAGUGUUCAUUUUUUCUGAUAAGUUGAUUAGUUAUUUGAUGGGUUCAUGUCAUGAUUGAGUCGGCCAGGUGUAUGGGCAGGACCUCGAUACCGCAGCUCCAACUCCGAUCACUACAAAUGACGUCACCAGCUUGUACAGUGGGAGGAAGUGGAGACACGUCGUCCAUCUUUGUAUAGAGUCUAUGGUUGUGACCCACAGCUCAUGGAGGCAAUGAAGGUACUUUUAAAACCCUUAGCCCCCCGAUUGCCACUUUUAAUUUGCGUCAAAAGUCAUACUACUCCAAUGUCCACCGCAAAUUAUCCGCCCAGAAUUCAUAGAAAAAUUACGCUCCUUAUAACUCCAGAACCUGCCUGAGAAUCAUCAUGUUUCUAAGUUUUCUUCAGUAUUAAAGUAAUCCAGUGAUAGUUGUCUGUUCAUCCAUGGGUACAUUGCAAACAGGAACUGCUAAAAGCUAAUUCAGCAUACUUUUAAUGGUGAUAAGUCAUGUUUAGUGGUAUGUGUGGGGGAAAAAAACUGGCUUUGAACUGAGUCGAAGUGAAUUAGAGGUGAAGGAAAAUGGCACAAAAGUUUGGUGGUCUGUUUUAGUUGGAUUAAUGUGGUUGUAUUUUGCACAAUUGUGAAAGCAUUCACUUUCAGAUGUUUGUAAUUACACCAAAAAUGUUUCUACUACACUUGAAAUGUAAACAUGGGUAAAAGAAAACUUUAGGACACUGUGAUACGGAUUGAGUUUUAAAUUCAGAUAACGAAAGCUUUUACUGUCUGUUGAAUCUUUGUUUUCUGUCUUUGUGUCUGACUAUGUCGGUCAAGCUGAUAAUUUACUGUUUAUCUCCAAUAUGGACAAAAAAUUAAAAGUAUACUGCUGUAAUAUUUGCGUUGUAUACCGUUGUUACUUUGUUAUUAUAGCUUUGGGUACAUUGCUUCUUUUCCACUUGUUAUUUUUUUUCUGUCAAAACUGCAGCAACUUCAAUUUCUCUGUGAACCAAGGACAAAUUAAUUUGCAAUUUUAAUACCUCUAUACUUCCAUGCUAGAGUCUAGAUGAUGAUAAUGCAUUUUGUUUUCUGAGAGUAAUACAUGUAUGAUUAUUUUAAGUAAGAAUGUGAAUAAACAUUGAUUUUUUUUUCUCUCUUACAUUUCUGACUCAAUGUCAGCAAAAUGCACAGUAUAUUUUCAGAUAACAUGUUUUGUAUAGUGUUGUGAUUUAAAUGCAUUUGUAAUAUCUUGUGUGCAAUAUUUUGAUUAAAAUAUCUAUUUGAAAAGGCUA